AUGAUCCACGCCCAUUCUCUGCAGGGUGAAGAUGAUCGAUCCAUUCCUCCAAAAUCAUGCUCCCAUGGCCACCCAUCAUCGCUCUGCCUCCACACACAGGAAGGAGGCUCAAUUUGCCUUCUCUGCUUCUCCAAUCUCAUCUCCGAUCCCCUCUCUCCCACUGUUCACGUCUCCUACGCUCUUUCCCAGCUCUCCCAGGCUCUUUCUCAGCCGCCGUUCCUCCGCACCUUCCUCUCUUUCCACUCUCACUUCGUCGUAGCUCCCUUCGUCCUCGCGCUCUGCUCCUUCGACGACGAUCCUGUUGCUCGCCAACUCACUGAUCUUGUUCGUGAGCUUUGUGAUGUGAGUGAAGCUGACGGUGAUGGAUCUCUUUGCGAUGACUUUCUCGCCAGAGUUUCUGAUCGGCUUUCUUCUGGCGCAUUGGCUUGGAGCCGGCGUCAGGUGUAUAUGCUCCAUUGUUAUGGAAUGCUUUUAAACUAUCGGACGAAAAAUGUCCAUGGCCAAAUUAAGAGCAACGAUGGCCUCGUAUCAAAUCUCGUGGCAGGCCUUGAAUUACCGAGCGAGGAGGUACGGGGAGAGAUACUCUUUGUUCUAUACAAAUUAUCCACAAUUCAAUAUGCAUCAAAUCAUGGCACCGAAAUUGAUUUUCUCUCUGCAUAUUGCCCAAAACUUCUGUACCUAUCUCUGGAGGCGCUCAUGAAAACUCAAAAUGAUGAUGUCAGAUUGAACUGUGUUGCCCUUCUAACUGUUCUGGCUCAAAGAGGGCUCUUAGGGAACGAACAUGAAUUCUAUUCAAAAUUUAACGAGAAGGAAGCAGAUGAACUCCCUUUGAAUAUUUUGUUUGCUGAGGCUAUCAAAGGCCCUCUGCUUUCGUCAGACAGAGAGCUCCAACUUAGUACUCUGGAGCUAAUAAUUUGUUAUUUGUCCACAGAAGGCACUUCCAUUAAGCAGAUCCAACUAUUGGUCGAAGAAAACAUAGUGGAUUAUGUAUUUGAGAUAGUACGAUUUUCAGAAGGUAAGGACCCCCUGGCAAGAGCUUGUCUUCAGGCCCUUGAUCUUCUUUCAAGAGCUGAACAGCCCUUCAGUCGAAGGCUUGUGGUGGGAUUUGCAACACUAAUUCCAGUGCUGCGUCAUGUUGCUGAAGUUCCAUUCCAUCCAGUUCACACCCAAACACUUGGUCUCAUUUUGAAAUGCAUUUCUCAGUGUCCAGGAGUAGUGUCUGCAUCUCACAUUGAGGAACUAGUUCAUACUUUGACGAGUAUGCUCCGUAAGAACGUGACUGGAGAGAUGGGUAUACACCCAGACACAUUUGCAACAACCUGCGCAAUCUUGGUCACGAUUAUGAAGUCUCCAUCUCAUAGGGUGCCAUGUCUAGCAGCAUCGGUACAAGAAGUAUUAGAGCGGGUAGUUUUAUUUUGUCUCAGUACAUUUGAAACACAGCCUACUCAACUUUUACAUUCUUUAUACCUUCUUAAGGAGUUCAAUGUGUAUAGUCAGGUCAAAACUUUCAUCGACGACAGCAUCACCCAAGAUGUGAAAAAUUGUGCUCUUGAUAUAUGUACAACCCAUUUAUUACAUUGGCUUUUGGCAACUAUCGAUGUAGUUGAAGAGGAACUUGUCUUGGGGGUACUGGAAACAUUUCAUUCGAUUUUGCUCCAAGAUCCUGACAUCAGAACCAUAGAUUUUGCUAACACACUUCUGUCGGCUUCUUGGUUCAGUUUCUCUUUUAGAUGUCUAGGCUCAUUUCCUUCUGAAAAGAUGAAAUGGAGAGUAUAUCUAAUGCUCAGUUCUCUGGUGGAUGUCUUCCUCGGAAAUGAUUCCGCACAAUGCAUUAGAGAAGCUAUAUCAUUUCUGCCAUCUGAUCCAGUUGAUUUGCUGUUUCUACUCGGACAGAAAAUCUCCAAUGACUUGGAGCUCUCUUCUUGUCAAUCUUCCAUUUUGCUGUUACUAUAUACAAGCUCAUUACACGAUGAUAGACUUGCUGAUGAGAAGAUGAUUUUAGCAUCUCUGGAACAGUAUAUUCUUGUAAGCAAAAGUGGGAUGCUAUGUGGAUACCAUGACCCAUUUACAGUCACACAACUGGUGAAUGUAUAUGGGUUAUGUAGGUCUGUUGCUGAUGCUAGUCACCACAUUUCCUACAGUCCAGAAGCCGAGAGGAUACUGUUCCAACUGGUGGCUGAAAGUGAAUGGGAUAUGCAUUCUUCAAGGAUUCACAGAUCAUCUUUAGAAUGGUUGUUUAAACAAGAGAAAAUCCGAAACCCACUAUGCAAUCAGGUUCUUAAAAUAUGCCAAAUCUGUGGCCCGAACGGGACCGGUACCACAACCGUCCACAAUCAGUUUAUUGGUGUGCGAGAAAUUGCUGAAUUAAUUGCUGAAGGAGAAAAUUAUGCGGGAAUCAUUCUCAUACGCUUGCUAGAACAGCUGGUUGAGGAAGGUGUCGAACAUGAUAUCAUUUCGGUGGUGAAAUUUGUGUCAACCAUCGUGAAUAUCUAUCCAAGUUCUGCAGAUCAAUUAUGCGUACAUGGCAUAGGAAAUGCAAUAAAGCUCCUCUUUUACGAUACUAAAAGUUCAUACUCUCAACAGACAUUUAAAGCUGUCUUACUGUUGGUUUUCAGCAUUUUGAAAUCAGGACAUUCUGGAAUUCUUUCCGACGAUGAGGCUUGGCUUGCGGUGACUGUGAAGCUGCUCGACUGCAUUUCUCCAACUGAUAUAACGGAUAGGUGGACCCCUGAAAAUCUGUUAGUUGUUGCCAUUUUAUCCUUGAUUCUGCACCACUCAACAAAUGGAAGACUCAUUGGAGCUUCAAAAUCCGUUCUUUUCCACACUCCUGUUGCAUCUGCAACCAAGUCCGUGUUGCAUGAAGCUUGCUCAAAGGGGCCUGCAUUAAUGGAUGAUCAUGAAGGAACGAACAUGGGAAAAACUGUAAUUCUUGCCCUUUUCCUUGUUUACUUUUCUAUGAGAAGUCUUCAAGCUGUUCUGCCCGAAGCUGUCGAUUGGCAAGACAAUCUUGGCCAACCCAAUGGAACUCAGCUCUCUUUCAUUGGCAUCCCCUGCCACGAUAUGUGUAGACUGUUGCAUUUUGGAUCUCCCCCGGUUAAACUCGUGGUUUCAUAUUGCCUGUUCGAGUUAUUCACUCGAAUUUCAGAGCAGAGAACUAGCAAACAGGAGGAGUUGAGAUGUACAACAAAUUACCUUUCGUCCGUAAUUGCAACAUUGGAAGGCCUGGUUGUAUACGGUGACCAUCGUGUUGCUACGAAUUGCAGCCUGUGUUUAUCAUUGGUUUUAGGGUGGCAAGAAAUGAAUAUGCAGGAGAGGAGGGUAAUUGUAAAGAAUAAGUGGUGCAGGAUUAUCGUUGAAGAAUUGGCAGAAUCCAUAUCUCUUCCAUGUUUGGCUUCAAAUGCAUUCGCUGGUCAAGAACCUGCGAUUAUUGUAGCAGUGGCGUUAUUGAAGCUGCAGAAGGAUUUUGGGUGGAUGCAAUCAAUAUUCGAUCAGGCAUGCAUCUCCAGAAUAAUUGAAAAUGUCACAGCCAGUAAUUUGAGCCCGGAGAUGGUGUCUCUUUUUCGGGGGCUAUUGAACUCUGAAUUCAUGCAGGCCGAUCACAUUUCCAGCCUGAAUUCCGUUCUUCAGAGUUGCAGGAAGCAGAUCUACUCUGGGAAUGAUGGAGAAACCCAAACAGAGAGAGACAUUGGAAAUGUGUUUGCUAAUGUGGAUGGCGAUGUAGGAGGAGUUUGUGAGUAUCUUACUCACUUGGUUCAAUCAGAUUCACACAAGAAUGAAAGGUUAUUGAAGGAAAUAGAAUUAUUUUUUACGGCUUUAGCUGAGAAGGAUACCAGCUAAUCUUCGAUCAAAUUUACAGCACACAAAAACAAAGAUCGUAGUUUUGAACGGAUAAAUCUCCCCACCAGGUUUUGAUGCAAAAGUUAUCUCCCUUCAAA